AUGAAAAAUUUAAUUUUUUUCGCGACUUUCGUUUUUUUCGUUUCUGCCGCAAAACGGGACGUGCACGAAAUAUUUGGCGCCUCCUACGGAGCUGCUUUCUUCCAACCGAGCGUUCAAAUUUUCCCAACUUUGCAGGAAACGAGUUCAGCGUUGCCGGAAAUUAUCGUGAAUCGCAAUGCGCGACCUUUGGAUCCGCGAAGCAAUCGAAACGGCGGAUAUUUUAUCAAUCGACCGAGUAUUCCGUUCAAUCCAACGCAAAGACCGCAAGCAGAUCCGGAAGUGAUUAACGAAUAUUUGCCGCCAAGUACGAGCACGGAACGCGUUUUUAAUGAUUAUUUGCCUCCGCCAGUGCCAUCAACGACGCCAUUGCCGCCACAACUGGAUGAAGGAUAUUUUUACGAUCCCCCGGAUAAUUCGUACAUUCCGCCAGCGAGUGGUCCAAAUGUGCCACGUACUGCAAAAGACUUGGAUUUUUUCCGUUCUGUGCCAAAUUCUUUGAAUCGCAUGCAAGUCGAGCUCAAAGAAAUGAACUGCAUGGCAAAUCCAAGUGGAUAUUUCAAAGCUCAGUUGCGGAUUCACAACAAUAUCGACACUUUUCCCGUCGUCGAGCACGACACAAAUGACCCGCGAUGCGAAAUUCAAACUUUACGAUCGCAAUCGUUGAUUAAUAUUGUCUCCGAUGACUUUAAUCGAUGCGGAAUUUACAGUUGUGGCAGUGAUUUGUGUUUGCGAGUGCGUUUUCCGUUGAUUCGAGGAUUGAGGACACGAGAUGAUCUGACUUUGACACUUCAAUGCAAAUUGCUUGCAAGAGUCGCUGAAAAAACGCAUAGUAUCAAGUUGGGAAUAAAUUUGAAUCAAAAUCAGGGAAGAAGUAGCAGUGAUGGGAAUAAUGGAGGCGUUGUGGCUCAAGGAGGAGGAAAUCAGCAGUUUCGAAGUCAAGUAGGACUUUUUAGGAAAUCAGAUGAAAAUGGGUUUAGUCAAGCUUUGACGAGUGGCAGUGCGGUUCAGUUGGGCGAGGAGUUGAUGUUGAGAGCACAAGUGAGAGCUGGAGAUGGUUGGAACUACACUCGAAUAUCAGACAUUGCUCUCCAACGCUUUUCACCGCAAGGAGAACUUUUAAAUUCCGUAAAUCUCGUUUCGCCCAACGGAUGUCUAAAUCACUUGAUGCGAAACGUUUGUCCGCACGAACCGGUCUUCGAACCUCCCUUGGGCUACAAAUUCGGUUUCAAAGCCUUCAUGUUCCAGGGCAUGAAAAGCGGAGACGAACUCGUGAUGAAUGUCAAGCUCAACGGAUGUUUAUAUAAACGUGAUUGUCUUGUGGAAGCAAGAUGCCAGCACGCGCGCGGAAAACGUGAAACAACAAACGAAACAAAAACCGACGUGGAUGAUGCGAAGAUAUUUCCGAUUGAAACGGCACACCUGAUGUUCCGGGUCGAGCUGCCAGAUGACGAGGAGUCAGAAUAUGCAGCGCGCACGAUAAACUACACGCUAAAUUCUUAUCAAGUGAGCACUUUAACUGCCACCGGUCUUAUCUGCGGCAUUGGUGGCUUGAUACUAAUUGCACAUUUUAUCAAGAACUAUGCGCGAUACAAAGAGUUUGCAUGA